AUGGCCGAACCACAAGUAUACCAAGACGUCCAGAAACACUACAGCUCCGCUGCCAAAACCAGCGACGACAGAUACGGCCACGACGUGGCAACCGCCUUUGGAUAUUCCAAGGAGGAGCUCGCCAGUAUCCCACAAGAUGCGAAUCUAGGCCUAAGCUGUGGAAAUCCUCUUGCUCUGGCGCAAUUGAAAGAGGGAGAAACUGUGAUAGACUUUGGCAGUGGUGCGGGCAUCGACGCUUUCCUCGCCGCCAAAAAUGUCGGCCCGAAUGGAAAAGAUAUGCUUGCCAGAGCAAACAGCAACAAAGAAAAGACUGGUGCCGCCGCAGCAAACGUCGCCUUUGUCGAAUCAAAAAUCACCGCCGUCGACCUCCCUGGCGCCGUGGCCGAUUGCAUCAUCAGCAACUGCGUCGUCAACCUCGUUCCAGAGGCCGAGAAGCAGCUUGCUUUCAAUGAGAUGGCGCGCCUGCUCAAACCAGGUGGGCGCGUAGCGCUCAGCGAUAUCCUGGUUCGGAAGGAGUUGACGCCUGAGCUGAAGAAGAGCGUUGCGCUAGCAGAUGCUUAUAUGGAAACAUUAGAUGUCCUUAUUGUCGAUGCGAAGAGCGAUUUGAACAUCUACACUUCAGCAUUGGAAACCCCCAAGAACGCCAGCGGUAGCUGCCGCGGGGUAGUGAAGAAGCCCGAGCCGACUCCCUGCUGUGGCCCUACGCCGUCAAAGGAAGAGCGCGGCCCUGGGAUCUUUUCUGAAGGAUUUAAAGCUGAGUUUGCGAAUGUCGAUUUUAACGAGUGGGCGGUGGGCUCCAUGCUGUUAGGCCACUGGGCCAAAAGAGCUCAACACAUCCAGCCCAUCAAGUUGCCAGAAGUCCUAAGUUUCAUCCAACAGGGCGCGAAAGGGGCCAGAGGCCCAGGUAUAAAUUAA